AUGGCGGAUCGCCCGAGUCUGUUGGGCCUGCGGGCCAACUCCAACAACUCGGCCACGCCAGCCUCCAAAGUCUUGCGAUCACCCCGAAUGCACAUCGCUGGCGAAGCGCCCCCCGAGCUGUCGCCCUUGGAUGCCUUUGCGCUGCAAAGUCGGCUGCUUGCCAAGCAGCUGCAGGAGAGCAACAAGGGCGGGAACAGGAUAAGCCGGCUGCCCCCGCUCACCAUGGAGAGUCCCUUGGUGCAGCAGGGUCGUUCAGACUAUUUCCGGUCCAUGUCGUACGAAACGCCGUCGGAAAUAGGCGAACCCCUCGAUCCAGAGCCGUCCGGGUUGGGCCAGAGGACGGUUGAGGAAGCGUUCACGCCGGAAGAAAGACCCAGGUCGAUGCACCCACGCAUGAGCCGCAUCCCGUUGGCAUCCGAGGACCCCAUGUCCGUGCCGGCCCUUCCGCCACGACACACCCGCAAUGUGUCGAGAGGAUCUUCCAGGGGCAGGCACCUAGACCAGGUCGAGGAGGAAAAGUACAUGUUCGGUCCCCGCCAGGAACGUUCACCGUCGCCCAUGCAUAGCGACAACCAGUCUCAGUCCGGCAAGCGGCCGCAUGAACAAUCGCCCGGCCGCAAGUACGAUUCCUUGCUACCGUCCGCCUCGCUCCACAGCGUCUCAACCUCCUCCUUUCCCGAGAAAUCGAACCAGGAAUCCUUCGAUACCCUCGGCCUCGCCCCCCCGCGUGCCCUGUUUCCGAGGCGUCCAUCCAGCAUCGUGUCUUCUAUGCCCACCGACGACGAGGCGGCCGCCAGCAUGUCUGGCUCCUUCCACUCCACAAACUCGGUGCCGGCGAGGAAGCUAUCGUCCGGCAGCGCUGCCUUGGGCAACGCAACGGCGCCUCCCGCCAUCGGCUCGUUCCAACGGUCGGCGUCAGUUGCCUCCGACUCAUCAGGCUUGCCAAGGCCGUCUUUUAACUUCUCGAGGCCUCUCAGCCGGUCUGGCACCCCGGGCCUGGAUAACGUGCCGACCAGGCAAGCUUCCUGCGACAGUCAUCCGUCCUUCAUACUGGCUGAUGAAUCUGCCAACACGCCCGUGAGCAUGCACAGCGAGGCGUUCACGGACCAGGCAGGAGACAACGCGCGGCCUGUCUCCAGCUCAUACAUUUAUUCCAAGUUCGCCCUGCCCAGAGGCAAAUCCCUUCACCGAUCAGAACCGUCCGAGAACCAACGUCAAAGGUCUCCGCCGUGGGAGCAGCCCGCCGUGAUGGCUGGUAACGACCGCCGACCGCCCCUGGGCGCGCCGCCAUCACCGCCUACUCGGCCAACAAGCUCCUCUUCGAGACCGGCUCUUGACGAUUCCUUGAGCGUGUUGAGCAACCCGGCUCGGCAGUCGAUGGACGGGACCAAGAAGAGCAUGGAGAGUUCGGCGCGUGCUUUCAUGGGCCACCCUUCGCCGAACCCCAGCCGGCCAUCUACAGAAAUGAGCCCACGGUCCGAUGACGUCCCAAGGGGCCGCCGCCUCCGUUCGCCACCGCAUGACGCCGUGGCAAUCGGCAAGGCGCCCGCGUCUGCCGGUGCCGGCGACACGGCCACGCCUUUGCGACCUUCGCCCACCAUCCGCUCAAUCGCUCCCUCGGCGUCCGAAAUGUCUGCGGAGGAGCAUUUGGAAAAGGGCAUAGAGUGUCACGAGAACGGCUCCUUGAAUGAAUCCACCUACCAUCUUCGACAUGCCGCAAAGCAAAGUCACCCUACAGCUAUGCUUCUCUACGCCCUAGCCUGCCGGCACGGCUGGGGCAUGCGAGCGAACCAGAAGGAAGGUGUGCAGUGGCUGAGAAAGGCUGCCGAAUACGCCAGCAUCGAGAUCGCCGACGACCAAGGCCGAGCCAGGGAAGGGAAACCAGCAAACUUUCUCGAGAGCAAAACACGCAAGGCUCAGUUUGCGCUGAGCAUUUAUGAACUAGGCGUCAGUCACAUGAAUGGCUGGGGCAUAGAGCAAGACAAGGCUCUCGCGCUUCGCUGUUUCGAAAUCGCCGGCGUUUGGGGCGAUGUUGACGCCCUCGCCGAGGCCGGCUUCUGCUACGCGCAAGGUAUCGGCACCAAGAAGGACCUUAAAAAGAGCGCCAAAUUCUAUCGAAUGGCAGAGGCGAAAGGGAUGAGCAUGGUUGGAAAUAGCUGGAUUCACAAAUCAAAGUACAGCGAUGACAAGAAUGAUUCGAAAGACAAGAGCAAGAAGAAGUCCAGGAGCAAGUCUCGCACGCGGACAAUGUUCGGCUUCAAGUCUGGUUCUUGA